AUGGGGUCUAUUCCUGAUCAGAACGGGGGAUCUGCCGGGGCCAACACAGCAACAUCGCAAGCACUGAUAGCCAAUAAUGAUAGUGAUGAAAGCGACCGCCUCAAUCUGUCGCGAGGCGUGUCAAAGCCUGCAGAAUUGUUCUGCGGAGAGGAAAACCGAAGCCUCACUCCCGCACAAUCCGUGCGCAAGACGGUUUCGUUUAAGCCUGCAUUAGCCACCGAAUUCGAGGGCGCCAAUGGAGGCCCCACCUCCAUGAUUUCGAGUGUACGUUCAGACAGUCUUUUUCAAACUGGCGAAGAAAUUCGGCGCACAUUCACCAAAGCUGACAGAUCAGUGACCGGAAAUUUAGGGCAAAGUUUCAGACAGCUAAGCGGGUGUACAGAAGAGGAGGAAGAUGAAGAGAGCUCCGCUUUUGUCCCGAUCGUCCAGGACUUGAAGCCCACUGAGCUUCAAAAGGCUGGGGACUCAAAGGAAAGCAAAGAUCCUGAGGCGGAGGCUGCCCCCGCCUCCACUCCAUCUCCUCCGCUGCACAAGAGCAUUUCUAGUCGAAUUCUCUCGGCGCUGUCAGCGCCUUUCCGUGAGCUUGCUGGCGGCGAGCUGAACUUCACGUGGGCGUACAAAGAGGCGACAGCUCUACACCGCAGCAGGCUGUCCAAAGACGCUUCUGGGAAGAGCUCCAAGAGCUCCAGUCCGAGCCGACCCUCGACGGACCAUUGGUCCACUCGUCUAUCAGACGGGCACCGAGCUGCCUCUCGGGACCUGCAGUACUUUCCGCUGCAGUUCGUAGACAAGGAGGCGGAGGCGGAAUACGUGGCGGUGACGAACUACCAGUGUUCUCUCCGCAUGUCUAUCUACCUGCUCCUACAGCACUGUUUGUUGCUGCCAAUUCAAUUUACUAUCUUUCUUUCUGACCCGGAAUCCAAUAUGUGGUCCAUUUUGGCCAGGUGGUUUCUUCAUCCGCUUCUUUUUGCUUUCGUUAUCGUCACACUUUUCGGCCUUUCUCUUGCGCUCGCGCUGUUGUACCCAAACAUCAUUCCUUGUGGUGGAGGCUACUUCUGCAGGAUUUAUGCAGCACAGGUGGCAUGCGCAUACUCCUUCGCGUUCUCCGGUUGUAUGAGCGCUUCCUUGAUAGUGGGGCAGGUGUACAUGAGCAAGACUUUCAGAGAGCAGCCGGAAGAGACAAUGUCACAGUUAAGUUUGGGAGUUAUACUGAUGAAUCUGUGCAGUCUUAACACGGAAAUAUCUAUUUUGUACGUGUACUCUUUUGCCUCCACCCUCCUCUUUAUGGAUCUAAUUGGCCCGAUACUCACAAAGUGGACUGUGGUGCUACAUUUCCUAACUUCCGUGGGACUCACGGCUCCCUUUAUUGUGGGCUACGUAGACGGGAAGCUCUUUAGUCUGUGUACUUUGCUCUCUGUUGCUGCGAUCUCCACAAUUCUGACGGCCAUGGCUUACGCAGGCCGUCUGUCUGGCGAGUUGCAGCACCGACUGCUGUUUCACCAGUGGAGACGAUCACGACUGAGGCUCAUAGAGCUCCUCAAUGAAGGCGGAGAGAGGGUCAAAAACCGCACAGCAAUGGAAAACGUAGUUGGAGAACUUGAACAGUGUGGGAAAAUUUUGCAGCAUAUGAGGAACGUCGACCAUGAUUUUGGGGAGGAGUUUACCGAAGUCUUCAGAAUUAUUUCUGACUGUCGCCGAAAACUGCUUGCCGGAGAGAAUCUGUACACAGUGGACUUUGGUCAUGCAGAUAGGUUCAGCAAACCUUUCUUACAAUUGUUUUCUCAAUACGGAACCGAGCCAGUGGAAAACGCUCGCAGUAUGUCUCAUCAGCGGUCGCUGACGGCUUUUCAGUCUAUGGCAGCGCGCAAGUCUGCGGACAUGCUUGCUCAAGCAGAUCUUCGGUUUUCUUGCGAUAUCCGCCAUUCAAGUCAAAGCGACUCGGAUGAAGAGCCUGUAAAGAAGCAAGCAACGCUACAACGAAAGAAGCUCUUGGAAGCGUCGGAGCGAAACGCGCCCGCAAUCGGCCAACAAUGGGCGUUCAGCGUGCUGGAGGUUGAAAAAGAAGUCCAAGGGUCCCUCUACGUUAUUGGUGUCGCCUUGUUGGGGCCCUUUGUUACAGACUGGGGCUGCAGCAGCGACGAGCUGUGUGACUUCCUGUGCACCUUGCAAUCUCAGUAUCAGAAGAACCCGUAUCACAAUCAUGCGCAUGCAGCAAUGGUGGGCCACGCCACAGUUUGCAUGGCCAACAUGCUCGGCGUCUGGCCACUGAUGGAGCCGUUGGAAAAAGCGGCACUUGCCGUUGCGGCACUGGCGCACGACGUGGGCCACCCUGGACGCACCAAUCAGUUUUUCGUGGCUUGCUUCGACCCCUUGGAAUUAAGGCGGGGUCUUCCGAUAUCUCCACUGUGCAGUCGCUCAGCCAACAUGGACAUCGCAAGGUCGCAAGAAAGUUUCUUGUCGUUCGUAGCGCGCCCCCUUGUUGCGGAGCUUGUUGAACUGGAUGGACAUAAACGAGUAGCAGCAGAAGUGCUAUCACUUCUGGAAGCAAAUAUGAGCCGGUGGAGAACUAUGGCUGCUGAGGGAGCUCCUGUAAAGUUACCCGCAACAGACAAACACACCCAAAGUCGAACUUUUACCUUGCACGCCGUUCGCAGUCUGGCUGGCCCUGCCCUAUCCUUGUCUCAGUCUAAAACAGCCAUUAUAUCGGGAGAAAAGCGAUAUGGUGAAAAACGAGAGGAAAAGGUGCCGCUUCGAAGUACUUCACGCAUUGUUCACGACGAUACGCUACCGACAUCCCUCCUGUUUGACUGGAUGGCUGUCUCGGAAGAAGCAACUUGCCAGUGGAGUCCUCGCUUCACAGUUGACAGCGUCAAUCAGGACGUAGCAAAUCCAGCAAAGCAAGGUGAAGACGGAAACGCGGCCGCUGGUUCCUCCUAG